CUAAUUAAAGCGAUUUCUGCCUCCCUGCCUAAAUGUCCAGCCAGUGAACUGGACCCUCCCUCAGGGACUAGCCUGGUCUAGCUUUUUUCCCCCCGUGGUCGUCAUUGGUGAGGCUGACUCCAUCGUCAGGGUCUCGCCGAGCCUCAAUACGAGAUGGUGCUUUUGCGACCCCCCGAAUUCCAUUGAAAAGGGGUUGACCCCGCUGAACCUGCAUGCCUACUGAAGAGUGACAUGAUUCUUUGCUCGACCAUGUCCGAUUCGAGUGAGAUGUCAACAUUGCUGGGCUGCCGAAAAUGACUGCCCUCGACCGCAUUCAGUGGCUGGAUGGCCUCCGCGGCAUCGCCGCUGCCAUUGUCGCCUUUGACCACUACUUCAUGAGCGAUGUCUGGCAUCCCUUCGUCUCCUUCUGGGCUGAGCCCCCCGAGGCCAACCGCCACUUGGUACAACUGCCUCCCAUUCGUAUCCUCUUCUCCGCCCAUUCUAUGGUGACCCUGUUCAUGGUCAUCUCCGGCUUCGCUAUCUCCGUCAGUCUGCUUAAGGUCCGCCACAGCCCGCAAUUCUUGCCGCGAGUGACCUCCGCCAUCGUACGGCGCGUCUUUCGCAUCUACCUGCCUGUUGCCGUCUUGGCCACUCUGAGCCAGGUGCUCUUCUUUUUUGAUUUGUACCACUGGACCUUCGAUGAGGGGUUUCUCGACGGAUUGGAGCCCUGGACCAACCCAUGGGCCCACAUCCAGUGGCUGUUUGGUUACAUGGCUGACAGCGUCAACGUCAUCGCUUUCGAGUAUCGCGGCGGUUUGAACGGACAACUGUGGACCAUGCCCCUGGAAUUCCGGGGGUCCAACGUGGUGUAUCUGCUCACGGUCGGACUGUCGGCGUGGCGCCCCAAGCUCCGCCUCUGGGUCCUACCGCUCUUGGCCGGCUUCUUCCUCUGGGCGGGCAAUUGGGACAUCUUUGGCUUUAUCUGGGGCUUGUGGCUGGCGGAGAGGGCCACCGGCGCUGCUGUCCGCACUGCCGCUUUGGCAGAUGACGGGCUCGAUGACGAGGAGAAGCUACCCCGACCCUCCUGUACCACCACCCGAUGCCGGCUUCGCUCAUCGCUAAAGAAGAUCUUUACUCUGUCGCGGCUCGUCACCAUCAUCACCUUCGUGGUCGGGUACUAUCUCCUUUGCCUUGGCAACGACGGCCACUUGCCCCCGGGCUACCAGUUCCUUGCGGCCCUCCAGCCGGCCAAGUGGAAGGACCGGUGGGACAUCUAUCAAUUGUGCUGGAAGUCGGUCGGCGCCGCAUGCCUGGUCUUUGCGAUCGCUCAGUCCCCAUUACUGCAACGGCCCCUCAACACUCGCCCCGUGCAGUAUCUAGGCAAGAUUUCCUUUUCGCUUUACCUGCUGCAUGAAACCAUUUAUCAGCUCUGGCGCAACCCCUUGCGAGACUUGGUGUAUUUAAUGGCCAGUGGGACCCCGUAUCUGAGUAGCGCGGAGGCCCUCCGAGACGACCCGUUCGCCUUCCAUGUGGCGUGGUGGGCAUCAGGGAUCGUCUUGGGAACAGUCGUCCUUUUCGCAUCGCAUUAUUACACCAUCUAUGUCGACAAUAAGUGUGUGGCUCUUGCGAAGAGAUUGGAGCGGUGGUUCACGUCUUGAUAUCGGGCGCAAAUGCAACCCACCCAUGAGGAAGGAUUCAAUAGCCGUUGUCCGUUGCCCAGUGCGACAGAUCAAUGAGACAUAGCACACCUGCGCCGGGUUGCUCUCAGCCCCCAGGAUGACACAUGGUAAUCAGCCAGAAACUCGUACAGGCAUAUCCAUGCGCGAUGCGAGACCUAUGCACGCUCGACGU